AGCGCGCUUGCACUGUAGACACUGGUAGACACGGCAUUUGCAUAGACGAAUAUUUAAUCAAUCAUCUUGAAGUGGCCCAGAAUCCGAUGCGCGUAUUAAUUCGAGCGUAAAAGACCCGAGUCAAGCCAUUCAAACGGCGCGCAUGAAUGGUCGGCGUUAAUAUUUCUUUUUAAACUAGCUGGUGCGUGCAGUUGAAUGAAACGAGGAAUCACGGACCGUGAACCAUUCUUUCUGUCAGCUGUCAAAUGAUCAUGUAAUUAUUACCGUUUCACUGCAUUUGAGCACAGGACGCGAUUCACCAACGUAAUUUUAGGUAAAAUUGCCUUCCUCUAUUUAAGGAUUGUCACCUAAGGAUUAAUUGAUUGACAUCAAGGCUGAAUAAUUUUCACCCUAUCAUGCGUUUUCGAAUUAUCCUCAGCUGAAUACUUGCUGCGUUCGUCGAAUCAUUCAGCCUAAAGUAAAUACGUAGCAGCAAUGUCUAGCGGAGGUGGAGGAAGUUUCAUAAGUAAGCCGGCGAGGGGCUGGUUACAUUCGGAUAACCAAGUCACCAAGGAAGGCAUAACAUAUGCAGUCAGGUACAUCGGCUGUCUUGAGGUCUACACUUCAAUGAAGAGUCUGGAUUUUGAAACUAGAUCCUGUGUUGCUAAAGAAUGUAUAAACAGAGUCUGCGAAGCAGCUGGACUCAAAUCAGCUGACAAGAAAAGACGAGUCGAUCGAAAGGUCUUGAAAGCAAUUGCCGACAAACCACGGAUGGAGCAUGCUGGAGCAAAUAUAAAUCUCAUUAUAAGUAGCUGCAGUUUGGCGUUAACUAUGCUCGACACUGGUGCGAUAGUUGCGAAGCAUGAUAUGCCACGAAUAUCGUUUGCUUCUGGAGGCGACACGGACACAUUGGAUUUUGUUGCAUAUAUAGCUAAGGACUUAAAAGACUGGCGAGCCUGCUACGUUUUGGAAUGCGGUGGGGGGCUGGCACAGGAUGUAAUUGCAACAAUUGGUCAAGCGUUUGAAUUAAGAUUCAAGGAAUUUCUCACCAAACCAUCUACUGCAUUGACCAGCCCACGCGACGCUGAUAGAGACUAUUACAACGAUCUACCUGGUAAAGUACCCCCAGACAUUGGGCCGCCUCCAGUUCCUCCUCUACCAAUUAAUGCAUCAACAUUACCGAACCUAAAACAUCAUUCAAAUCACAAUCACGGAGUAGCUGGUACCUCCCAAUGCUCAUCACUCACGGAUACGCUAUCAAGCAAUCGUGGUAGACAAGUGCAACAGUGGCCAGAAACUGGAAAUUUAAUAGACUUAAGCUCUGACACUGCCUCAGCAAUAUCAUCGAGCAGUAUUAUCGUGGAACACAAUUACGUCAACGAUACUGUUAUAGCGGCAAAUCGUGAUACACGUAGAGAACAAAGAGACGCCUUUGACAUGCAACCAUUCAAUACCGCCAUUCCUGAAGUUAGUAAAUUGAGCCCACAAUCGCAAAAGCAACAGUUAAAAAGAGAGAUUUGGUUUCAUGGAAGCAUAAGUCGAGCAGAAGCUGAAUCUAUGCUUACCAAGGAUGGAGAUUUUUUAGUCAGAGAAUCACAAGGCUCUCCAGGGCAGUAUGUUCUCACAGGAAUGAACGGCGGUACACCUAGACAUUUGUUACUUAUAGAUCCCGAAGGCGUGGUUCGCACUAAGGACAGAGUUUUCGAUAGCGUAAGUCACUUGAUAAAUGACCACUGUGACAAUGCGCUUCCAAUUAUAUCUGCCGACAGCACAUUGGUACUUCGUUAUCCCGUUCAUCGACGUUUAGAACAAGCAAGCGAGGGGCGAAAAUGAUGAUUCCCAGAACAAGAACUUAAGUAUUGCCCCCGCAAAACAUAUAGAAAUAAUAAUUGAGCUGCUGUUGUCAAUCUAAACUGUAAUGCGAUACCUAUUGUUAUUACCUAUUAUUUAUCUUCCUCGUGUAUAUGGAAUAGAUGCCUCAGCUUACCUUCAAUAAUCUGGUCUAAUUAAAACUAAAGAAACCUGUAACACUAAAAUGAAUUCAAUAUGCCAUGUAAAACAAGUUAAUCUAUUAUACAUUACAUUCAAUAUAUUAUUUUCGAUAUUUUUAGACUGGAAGUAAUGUAGACGUGUUCUGCCAGACGGUUCAAAGUAUGGUAAAUUAUGUACAAAUUGAUGAUAAAAUUCGUGCAUAAAUAUUUAGACAGACGAGUAGCGUUACAAAAGUUGCGAAAUUACUACGCAUUUAUACCUGUUUAUAAACCAGUGUGAGAAAUGAAAUCAUUGAAUUGUAUUCUUCCAGAUAUCUCUAAGUCGGUUUAUGCUUCUCUUUACUUACAUUACUAUUAUCGUUGUUUUUAUUCCUUAAAUUUCAUCCAGUCUUUAUCUUACUCUUCAGCAUUUUUCCUAAGAAUUUACAUGUUGUAGAUGACAUCACUGAUAAAAUAGGAAAUAGUCAACAGCUCACCUUCCACACAUCCGUCCUAAAAACAGAAAACAUGCUGGUUCUUAAGACAUUAGUUUUUAAUACCUAUUUUUAUACGAAAUUAAUUUCGGUACGUGCUUGAAAGAAUUACAAUAAUUUGUACAGUCGAUUAUUAUAUACGACUUUUUGAGAAAAGAUUAUUUCAUGUUUCUUUUCUUUCCUAUAUA